ACUGGAGCUGCCGCAGCGGCGCACACGCACACAUCCGAGCCUCUCCUCUCCUUCGUUUCUCCGCCGCAGCUCCCACUCCCACGGACGCCUCUUGUAUGGUGGACACUGGAGCCAAUACUAGCGCGUUUUCUUUUUUACAACAGCGGGAUCGGGAAUUAAAAACGGGAUUUGAGCCGUCCUUGUCGAUCCGUGUCGACAUGAUGCACUGAGGAGAAUCCAGCCCAGGAACCCGGUCGUGUUCAUCCAAAGGCUGCAGUGAACGGAGGGGGGAUUGCGGUACAGCAAGGUUAAGAAUCGGCGUCAAUAAAGGUCGUGUCUGUGAACAGGAACCCACUCCAAAGGGUGAAUCUCGCCCCUGUGAGGGGGGAUCGGUGGAGAAAUAUAGAUCCAUAAAAAUUAUGGCCACUCUACUGCGGAAGAUCGGUCUGAUCCGUCUGCACGACCGAGACACCGAGGAUCCGAAGCACCACCAGGGCUCGUUAAAGGGGACCAAAGGGAGCCAGAAGAACAACACCAACAAACACUGUCAGACCGCCAACGAAACCAACAACAUCCUGAGCACCCCGGAGAUUAAGGCGAGGAAGCUGGACCAGCACGGCAAGGACAAACCGACCGGGAAGGAUAAACUGGGAAAGGAUGCGAAGGAGAAGCAGCAGACGGGAGGAGGAGGAGGAGGAGGAGGCGGAGGAGGAGGGAGUAAAGCCACCAGUGCCUCCUCGAUACCACCGCUGGCGCCUCACCGGCAACACUGCACCCAGGUCCGGACACGGAGGCUGAUGAAGGAGCUACAGGAGAUCAGGAGGUUAGGGGACAACUUCAUCACAGUGGAGCUGGUGGAGGACAACCUGUAUGACUGGAACGUCAAGCUGCACCAGGUGGACAAGGACUCGGCUCUGUGGCAGGACAUGAAGGAGACCAGCACCGAGUUCAUACUGCUCAACGUCACCUUUCCAGAUAAUUUCCCCUUCUCGCCGCCGUUCAUGCGCGUCCUGACACCCCGGUUGGAGAACGGCUACGUGCUGGACGGUGGGGCCAUAUGCAUGGAGCUGUUGACCCCCCGAGGAUGGUCGAGCGCCUACACGGUGGAGGCUGUCAUGAGGCAGUUUGCAGCCAGCCUCGUAAAAGGACAGGGCCGCAUAUGUAGGAAAGCAGGGAAGUCCAAGAAAGCUUUCAGCCGUAAGGAAGCUGAGGCCACCUUCAAGUCCCUGGUGAAGACCCAUGAGAAGUACGGCUGGGUGUCCCCGCCCGUCUCCGACGGCUGAGGGUUGAUUCGCUGCCCCUCUGACCCCCGCGCUAGCAGGACAAAACCCCAGCUAGCCCCGACACGCAAAACGACACACCACGCUAACUCAAUCUCUCAUCUUCACCUGUUUUCUGUCUCACUCAACGGUUUAUUUUCUUUCAGUUUUGUGUGUCUGUGAUUAGUCGUUGAACUUUUUUUUUCAUUCUCAUCUCCACCAGAACUUUUGGGAGAGCAGACACAUCAUCAUCGGUCCACCUGUUAAGACUAUAGUUUUCCUCCCUCUUCUCUAAGGAGAUUCUUUCCUUCAUUUUGGAAAGGCCUGAGAGGGAGGUGUGUGUAUGUGUGUGUUUGUUGUCACUCCAUCGGACAUCAGCUGGGAGUGCGUGCACGUGCAUCGGACUGUGUGUUGUACUCAGUGGAUUAUUUUUUUUCCUUCUUAUGUUUUUGUAACAAACACACACCCAUGCACGUGCAAUCGGACAAAUCGAACAAUGUGGACAUUUCCACCUUUGUGAGAGACUACUGAAUGAAGGAAACUCAUCCCCUCAACCUGUCCUCCACCUUCCCUCGCAUCCCAUCAUCCUCCUCUCUUUCCCUCUCUCCCUUCUUUCCUGCGCAUAGCACCGAACUGGCAUUACUUCCUAUCGUCUCUCUUUGUAGUUGUCGGGUCAUUUACAUAUAAAUGAAGCUGUUAAUGUUUAAUAGACAGGCAGCGCACUUGGCGUUUCUACUCAUUCAUUCACUCCUUCGUUUCCCCCUUUCUUUCGACUGUGCCGUUGCUCACAGUUCAAUGCAACAUGAAGAUUGUAAUUUACAUGGAGCUGUGCUCUCUCUCUUUCUUUUUCUUUAGCUCGCUCGUUCACUUUCUUUCUCUCUCUCUCUUUCCGUCUCUUGUGGCUAAAUUUAGAGCUCACUGUUGCGUAGAUGGGUAUUGAUUUCUAAUGGAGAAAAAUGUCACAUGUUGCUUUAUGCAGAGACUAUGUAUGAUAAAUAGAAUGACAGUCAAUCACCUCUUUCAUUCUGUCUCUACUUGCAUUUAAUUGUGUGUGUGUGUGCGUGUGUGUGUGUGUGUGUGUGUGUGUGUGUGUGUGUGUGCGUGCGUGUGUGUGUGCAGGAGAGGAAGAAGACUGUAAUUCCCAUGAUUUAGAUACCAGAUGGUACAGCUGAAGGCCAGGCCUCAAUAUGUGUAUGUGUGUGAGCAAGGGAUUCAACCCUUUAAACAGAGAAAAAUAUGAUUUAUUGUGAAUGACACUGAAGGGAGUGGUGUAUUUUCUUUUUGGUUUUUUGCGUGUCUUCUUGUUCCACUGUCUGUGUCCACUCCUGAUUAUUCUUACUGUAUACACAUGUGAUUGUGAGUGAAUAUUUAAGCGCACAUAGCCUCGUCUCUUGUCUCUCCGAUAAAGAACUAAAAAGGUCAGUAGAAUGUAAAGCUUCGUAAAGGACGUUUAGCUGCGCGCACAAACAAACAAGAAAGAAAAAAUAAACACUCACACGUACCUGAAAUGAAGACGGACAGAUUGGCAGAAGCUCGAGCGCAUGCCGUUGGAUGGAGUGGUGCUUUAAAUGAGCUUCAGAGCUGAUUGAUGUCUGCUGAAAGCGAGAAGGUAAUAGGGAGAGGAAGAGGAAUACGACAGAGGAGGAGGAGGAGGAGGGGGGAGAAGAGCGAAUUGCAAGCGCUUUGAUCACUACUGGCUGCUUCUUGGAAAUGUCAGGUGGCUUGCAAAAUGGCCAAAGACAGAUAUUAUUUGCUCUACCUGCUGUGAUUACUUAAUAGACACAGUCCUGUCUGCGUUGGAGUCAACCUUUAAAAGGCUCCUGUAUUAACUCCACAGCAGUGUCGGUCUCAAUCAUUCUGGGCCUUCGCUAACCGGCCAGUCCAGUCCAGUCCAGUGUGCUCCUCAUAUGUUUGUUUUCCUAUCUGCCAGUUAAAUGUCAGAGGGAAAGCUGCUAAUUGGUCUGACAUUUCAGCAGAGCAUCAUUAGAGAGGAGCAAGAGAGAUGGAGGACGUCAAACCUCCUGCUCAGCGCUGACAUUUUGUCACUUUCCGUUCCUGCGCUGUUGUUCUCAGAAGGAGGUGUGGGGUGGGGUGGGGUGGGGCAGCAGAAAGUAGGUGAGGAGUGGCGUGCAUGAGGUAUUACAGCAGCUUCGUAACAGUCAGGUCUCAGCAGGUCUAAGCUGGAGUCCUGGAGCUGGAUGUCGAAACCACUGAGCCAAAGUCGAACCGCGCUGUCGGCGUGUUCGAAUCCAGUCGCGCCAUGUCGCAAAGCCCACCCCUCCACUUCGUGUUAUUGCGUUUGUGGUCUGUCUGCGUGUGAGUGUGUGUGAGGGUUGUCAAAUCAUGAAAAAAAAAAAAGCAAAAUUGAGAAAAAAAAGAACACACCAUCUGGUAUGUGAUCAUGUGCGAACGCGUGUUAGUCCUCUUUGAAUUUGGCUAGUCAUUUCAGGGUUGAUCGUAUAGUGUUCUCUAAGCGGAGAAAACUGUAAACUGAAUUAUUAUUAAGACAAAAUAUCUCAAAAGCUGAGUGUUUGCCGGUUUCAUGAGAAUAAUUUUGUGAUAUAGUUUAGAUUGGUAGUUUGCAGACACUAACUGGGUGAACUGAUUAUGUUGUAUUAUAUCUGCAUGUGAUAUGUGAUUGGUAGCUAGCUACUGUAUAUCUUUUUUUCAAGAAAAGCUACAAAAAAUAUGGGGAAAACAAAAAUGCAAAUGCUUCUUUUCUUGUUCUUUUCUCUUUUUUUUUGGGUUCUGUACUGUACGUAUUUUUUUUUUUUUUUUUUUUUCGAAAGCGUCCUAAAAAUGUCACAUUGUGUUAUAUGAAUGUUUGUGUUUUAAUUUAUUUGUGGUUUGCCAAAAUGAAGAUUUGAAGCAUGUUGCAGGUAUUGUCACAAGAAAACAAGAAGAAAAAAAUACUAAGAAUGAUAAUUAUUUGUGUGAUGGGGAAGGUGUGUUUAUUUGGGGGGAGGUUACAAAGCCUCGAGAUUCUAAACGGGAGUAUUUCCUCAAUUGGGAGUUGAUGGGAUGCAUUCAAGUGUAAUCAAGUACAUUUCUACGCUCCCUAGAAUACUUCCUGGUCUCCCUCAUGAUGUCACUACUGUCCCUUCCCCAUUGGUCCUUAUCUAGACAGUGAUUUGGUUUCUGGAAAAUGCAGUGAAUACAAAAGAUUUGGACUGAAGUUUCCCUCAGUCACAGAUCUAGGAUCAGUUUGAUCUAACCCUAUGCUUCAAAUCUCACCUGUUAAAGGGAUUGUGCACAUCUGACCUGUAAUCUGUCGCUCUGGGAAAACUUCAUCCCACUCGUGACUUGAGUGUUUGGUCAAGGCCAAGGUCUUAAAGUUCAAAAGGUGAAAGGUCGUUGCAAGACCAAACAGGAAUGUGCAAUAAAAGUUACAGCUUAUACUG